AUGGCCACCCAGGUUGCGACUGCAGUUGCGCCAAACGGCGUCAAGGCGAAUGGCAAGGUCAAGUCCAAGAACCAGCUUCGGCGGAUGAAGGCCAAGGCGAAGAAGGCGGAGGAGAUACCGGUCAAGGUGUGUGGCACAGUGUCCGCGGAGGUCAAUAUGGAGGAGGAUGGACCACAGAAUGUCGAGUACGUAUCUGAGCAGUUGGAUGUCAAAGACCCGGCUCUCGAAGCAUUCUCCGACGUCUUUGCCCGCUUCCAGCUGCCUCCCGAGGCAUCCACAAACGUGAAGGGAGAGGUCAUUUACUCGGACGACGACAUGGCCUCGGAGGGCGACUCGGACACGGAGGAAAAGAAACCUCUGUCCAAGAAGAAGGCGCGCAAGAUGAACCGGCUCACCGUCGCGGAGCUCAAGCAGCUUGUCAAGAAGCCGGAAGUGGUCGAAUGGACGGACGUGACCGCGUCGGACCCCAGGAUGCUCCUCCACCUCAAAAGCUACCGCAACACCGUCCCCAUCCCUGCGCAUUGGAGCGCAAAGCGCGACUAUCUGCAGGGAAAGCGUGGUAUUGAGAAGCCCCCGUUCCAGCUGCCGUCGUACAUCGCCGACACGGGUAUUGCAACCAUGCGCGACGCGAUCAAGGAGAAGGAAGCCAACAUGACCCUGAAGGCGAAGACGCGUGAGCGCGUGCAGCCCAAGAUGGGCAAGGUCGACAUCGACUACCAAAAGCUCCAUGAUGCGUUCUUCAAAUUCAUGACGAAGCCCAACGUGACGAGCUUUGGCGAGAUGUACUACGAAGGGAAGGAGUUCGAGACCCAGCUCAAGCACAAGCGCCCUGGUGAUCUAUCACCUGAACUAGUCGAGGCGCUGUCUAUUCCACCACUUGCGCCACCACCGUGGUUGAUCAGUAUGCAACGCUUCGGUCCACCGCCAAGUUACCCCACACUGCGGAUACCUGGUCUCAACUCUCCCAUACCGGAAGGUGCACAAUGGGGUUUCCACCCCGGAGGCUGGGGCAAGCCGCCCCUUGAUGAGUACAACCGACCCCUGUACGGCGAUGUGUUUGGUGUAUUGCCCAAGAACACCGACGCAGAUAUGGGCGAGCCCGUGGACCGCAAUACGUGGGGCGAGCUCGAGCCCGAGGAGGAGGAAGAGGAGGAGGAGGAGAGCGAGGAAGAAUCAGAAGACGAGGAGGAGCAAGCGCCCGCACCCGCCGACGGCACGCAAACGCCAUCUGGGCUCGAGACCCCCUCGGGCAUGGCCAGUGUGGUCUCUACGGUCGCAGGCGGGCUCGAGACGCCCGACUUCCUCGAGCUGCGCAAGAACGCCACUCGGGCGACGUCGGAGGCGGACAGUGGCCCUCGGUCACUGUACCAGGUCGUUCCAGAGCGCCAGACCGCCGUCCGUGGUCUCAUGGGCAGCGAGCGCGGAUACGACGUCAGCGCCGUCGCGGGUAACAGCGCGAUCCCCGUCCUCGGGGACGAGCGCGGGACCAAGCGCAAGGCGAACGGCGUGGACGUCUCGAUCGACGCGGCAGAGCUGGAGGGUAUGUCGACGGAGGACCUCCGCCGCACGUACGACCGGCACUCGCGCGGCUCCGCAGGUGUCCCGGGCUCGAAGGAAGACUUCUCGGAUAUGAUUGUAAAGGAGAUGGCGAACAAGCGGCAGAAGGCGGAGCGGGAUCGCGAACGACGGAAGGAGAAGGACUUCAAAUUCUGA